AUGUCUGACGACGAAUAUGGAGGUUUUGGAAAUAACGAAGACUUUGGUGGACAUGAUUACGAAUUAGAAGAUGAAUACGAACCCGAAAUUGGAGACGAUGAAUACGAUGUGAAUCUUCAAAACGGUUACACUGACGAGCAGAGAGAAGAGGGAGGUGUUGACAUACAAGGAGGAGUUGGGAUUAUUUCAAACGGUGUAGGCGAUGGAAUGGAUGUAGAUAAAACAGAAAAGGUUGUUCAAGAAAAAGAGAGAGUUACUACUCCAUAUAUGACAAAAUAUGAAAAAGCUAGAAUAUUAGGAACCAGGGCUUUACAAAUUAGCAUGAACGCGCCUAUUCUUGUGGAUCGAGAUAAUGAGAUUGAUCCCCUUGAAAUUGCGAGGAAAGAACUUCGUCAAAAGAAGAUUCCCCUGAUGGUUCGAAGAUUUCUUCCAGAUGGGAGUUAUGAAGACUGGCACGUUAGAGAGUUGAUCAUACCGGAUGAUGAAGCUGCCGCGAAACAAUUAAUUCACUGA